CAAAGAACUCAAGAUGUGCGAUCGUCUCAUUUUGGUACUUGCCCUGUGGACUGCACUUACCAUUACUACAAUACAAGCAGCUACAACAAAUUCAACUUCAGAUGCAUCAAUAGUGUGUAUACUUUUUCCGGAAUUGCCGCUAUGUAAAAGCCAGACAACUACAACGACCACAGCCACCGAAAAAACGACAACAACCACAAUUAGCCCAACAACAACAACGGAACAAUCAACUACCUCCACAGCAGCUCCAACAACAAUAACAGAAUUAUCAACUACCACCCCUACUGCUGCAACGACCACAAAAACAUCAACAACAACCACCACACCUCCGACAACUACAGAACAAUCAACUUCUACCACUGCAGCUCCAACUACAAAAACAGAAAAAUCAAAUACCGCCACUGCAGCUCCAACCACAACAACAGCUCCAAUGACCACAGAAACAUCAACAACAACACCAAAGCUCCAACAACUACAGAAAAAACCACAACCGGCUCAACAACAACACAAUCAACUACCACCACUACAGCUCCAACCACAACCACAGCUCCAACGACCACAACAACAUCAACAACAACCACCACAGCUCCAACAACUACAGAAAAAAAAAAACCACAACCGCGUCAACAACAACACAAUCAACUACCACCACUACAGCUCCAACCGCAACAACAGAAAAAUCAACUACGACCGCUACAGCUCCAACGACCACAGAAACAUUAACAACAACCACCAAAUCUCCAACAACUACAGAAAAAACCACAACUGCCUCAACAACAACACAAUCAACUACCACCACUGCAGCUCCAACCACAACAACAGAAAAAUCAACAACCACCACUACAGCUCCAACGACCACAGAAUCAUCAACAACAACCACCAAAACUCCAACAACUACAGAAAAACCACAACCGCCUCAACAACAACACAAUCAACUACCACUACUGCAGCUCCAACCACAACAACAGAAAAAUCAACUACGACCACUACAGCUCCAACAACCACAGAAUCAUCAACAACAACCACCAAAGCUCCAACAACUACAGAAAAAACCACAACCGCCUCAACAACAACAAAAUCAACAACCAUCACUACAGUUCCAACCACAACAACAGAAAAAUCAACUUCGACCACUACAGCUCCAACGACCACAGAAACAUCAACGACAACCACCACAGCUCCAACGACUGCAGAAAAAACCACAACCGCCUCAACAACAACACAAUCAACUACCACCACUACAGUACCAACCACAACAACAGAACAACCAACUACGACCACUACAGCUCCAAAGACCACAGAAACAUCAACGUCAAUCACCACAGCUCCAACAACUACAGAAAAAACCACAACAGCCUCAACAACAACACAAUCAACUACCACCACUAUAGUACCAACCACAACAACAGAACAACCAACUACGACCACUACAGUUCCAACCACAACAACAGAACAAUCAACUACGACCGCUACAGCUCCAACAACGACAGAAUCAUCAACAACAACCACCACAGCUCCAACAACUACAGAAAAAACCACAACCGCCUCAACAACAACAAAAUCAACUAACACCACUGCAGCUCCAACCACAACAACUGAAAAAUCAAAUACGACCACUACAGCUCCAACGACCACAGAAACAUCAACAACAACCACCACAGCUCCGACAACCACAGAACAAUCAACUACUACCACUGCUGCUCCAACUACAACAACAGAAAAAUCAACUACCACUACUGGAGCUCCAACCACAACAAUAGAAAAAUCGACUACGACCACUACAGCUCCAACAACCACAGAAACAUCAACAACAACCACCACAGCUCCAACAACUACAGAAAAAACCACAACCGCCUCAACUACCACCACUACAGUUCCAACCACAACAACAGAAAAAUCAACUUCGACCACUACAGCUUCAACGACCACAGAAACAUCAACUACGACCACCACAGCUCCAACGACUACAAAAAAAAACCACAACCGCCUCAACAACAACACAAUCAACUACCACACUACAGUACCAACCACAACAACAGAACAACCAACUACGACCACUACAGUUCCAACCACAACAACAGAACAAUCAACUACGACCACUACAGCUCCAACAACGACAGAAUCAUCGACAACAACAACCACAGCUCCAACAACUACAAAAAAAACCACAACCGACUCAACAGCAACACAAUCAACUACCACCACUACAGUUCAAACAACAACAACAGAACAAUCAACUUCGACCACUACAGCUCCAAAGACCACAGAAUCAUCAACGUCAACCACCACAGCUCCAACAACUACAGAAAAAACCAUAACAGCCUCAACAACAACACAAUCAACUACCACCACUAUAGUACCAACCACAACAACAGAACAACCAACUACGACCACUACAGUUCCAACCACAACAACAAAACAAUCAACUACGACCGCUAAAGCUCCAACAACGACAGAAUCAUCAACAACAACCACCACAGCUCCAACGACUACAGAAAAAACCACAACAGCCUCAACAACAACACAAUCAACUACCACCACUACAGUACCAACCACAACACAAUCAACUACCACCACUACAGUUCCAACCACAACAACUGAAAAAUCAAAUACGACCACUACAGCUCCAACGACCACAGAAACAUCAACAACAACCACCACAGCUCCGACAACCACAGAACAAUCAACUACUACCACUGCUGCUCCAACUACAACAACAGAAAAAUCAACUACCACUACUGGAGCUCCAACCACAACAACAGAAAAAUCGACUACGACCACUACAGCUCCAACAACCACAGAAACAUCAACAACAACCACCACAAAAAAAACAACAACCACAAUCGCCCCAACAACAACCACAGAGCAAUCAACUACCACAACUACAGCUCCAACAACAACAACAGAAAAAUCGAAUACCACCACCACAGCUCUAACGACCACAGAAGAAUCAACAACAACCACCACAGCUCCAACAACUACAGAACAAUUAACUACUACCACUGCAGCUCCAACUACAACAACCGAAAAAUCAACUACCACCACUGCAGCUCCAACCACAACAACAGAACAAUCAACUACGACCACUGCAGCUCCAACAACCACAGAAACAUCAACAACAACCACCACAGCUCCAACAACUACAGAAAAAACAACAACAACCACAAUCACCCCAACAACAACCACAGAGCAAUCAACCACCACAACUAAAGCUCCAACAACAACAACAGAAAAAUCGAAUACCACCACUAAAGCUCCAACAGCCACUGAAAAAACAACUACAACCACGAUCGCCUUAACAACAACUACCGAACAGUCAACUACCACCACUGUAUCUUCAACGACCACCUCAAAUUCAACAACAGACACCACUGCUUCCACAUCCACCACAGAACCCACAACCACCACAGCUCCCACAACCACCACUGCUGCCACAACCACCACAGCUCCCACAACCGCUAUAAAAACAACCACAAUUUCCCCAACAACAACAACUGAAAAAAGAACAACGACCACUACUACUUCUCCUCCACAACAUCACCAUCAUCAUCAUAAUCAUCACGAAAUCAUUGGUGUCCUUCCAUUGCCCUUUCCACCAUUGCCCCCACCCCCACCACCAGUACCACCCCCGCCUCCACCACCAUUACCUUUGCCUCCACCAAUUCCCCUUCUUGAGUCGUUGCCUGAAUCCAAUUCCGCAGUGAUUGCUAUUCUACCAUUACCGCCUCCACCUCCAAUUCCGCCAUUUCCGCGUCCCCCACGUCUUCCAAGACCUCCUCUACCGUUUGGAAAUUUUUUUGGUAAAUAAUUUCUAUAAACCUAAACAAUAAAAACUAUAAAAUUUAAUUCGUCUGGAAAGGAAUCAGUAAAGGCAUAGAAUAUGCCAACAAUAAUCUUUUUACAGUAAUAUUGAAGGCGCCAUCUACAUGUCAAUAUUCACACUAAGAAUGGAUGAAUGAUGUU